AUGUCACAUGUCACACAAGGGAAGGGGCUGAGAACUCUCGCGCUAAAUAUAAUGUUGACUUCUGCGAGAAGUAGCCUCGCUCAUAUGUCCGGUGUCUGCUAAUUUUUAUGAGAUAAUAUAGCAGGACUACACAUUUAUUGUGUGUUUAGAUCAGUUCAUUAAAUUAACGAUUUGUGCUUCAGUUUAACAAUAUUCAUGGAUUUGUAAUGAAGUGAUAGAUCUACUUUCUAAGGAUUUCAUUAUAUAAAAUAAGAAAGGAUUAUCGUCACCAUGUUAGCAUCUUCUUCCGGUCACGUGUGGAUAUUGAGCCUCGCUUUGGCGUCUCUCUCUCAAGUGAUGUUAGUCGCGCCGCAAUCAGAUGCUGACUCUACAACCGUACCAGUAAUUGUUGUCCUUGCAGACUCUGGCCCUACUCUUGAAAACUCGACUGCAUCACCCGGAAGUGAAAGCGCGCAAGACGUCAGCAUAGGGCCAAUGCAAACUACUGCACCAAUUUCAACGGACAAUGCGACGAACGCUGCGACAGUUUCGUUGAGCAAUGGGACUACGACAGUUUCAAUGGACAAUGCGACGAUAUCUGCGACAGUUUCAACUGGCAACUCGACGACCGACUUCAGCAGCACGGUUGCGGUCACUCAUUCCCAAUACUUAGCCACAUUGAGGUUUGACAAUAUGGCUUGGUCGGAAGCUUACAAUAAUACAGCGUCGGAUGAGUAUCAACUUCUGAAAAACCAAACCGAGGCUUUGAUGAAUGCUGCAUUUUCAAAUGAAUCAUCGUAUUUGAGAUCAGAUGUUAAACGUUUCAGGCAAGGCAGUAUCAUAGCAGAAAUAGAGAUAACAUUUGAUGGUCGCAACCUUACUUUAUCAGAAUUAACAGAUUUGUUGAUGAAUGCAUCAAAUUCAGAUGAUCCUUUUUGGAGAAACAUGUCUAUAUUAAAUGUUACUGAUUUCAUGGAAUUAUUUGUUUCAUCAAGUGAGGCUACGGAUACAACAGAAGACAGCACUCCUCCACUAACAACUCCAGCUAGCAGUACAAUAUCUACUACUGAAGCAAGCAGUACACUGUCUACAACUGAAGCAAGCAGUACCCUGAAUACAACAACUCAAGUAAACAGUACACUGCCCACAACUCAGACAAGCAGUACCCUGUCUACUACUCAAGCAAGCAGUACCCUGAAUACAACCCAAGCAAGCAGUACCUUACCUUCAACACUAGCCAGUGCUUUACUGCAUGUUCACAGAGAUAUCCAGAUAGAGGUUAAGAAUUGGAACUGGACAAAUGAUCUUAAUAAUAAUGCAUCACAAGAGUAUUAUGCAUUCAAUAAGACUGUAAUGGAGUGGGUGCAAGAUGCUUUUAUAAAUUAUCCUUCAUACAGAAUGGCAAAGAUUAUACAACUUAGCAAAGACUAUUUUAUUGUCUCUCUGGAGUUAUCAUUUGCUGAACCUGACCUUACAAUGGAGCAAAUUAUGGUUGCUCUUAAGGCCUCACCAAAAUUCACUAUUUGGAAUAGAACACAAGAUUUGCUUACCACAACCAAUGAGACAUUCAGCUCAGCUUUUGACAAUUUCACAACUGCAACUGGAUCAAUGGAACAGUUUACAACUUCUAGUGUCCCCACAGUUCUUGUGACCAAAGUUGCACCAGAUAAUGUCACGUCACUGAAUGACACACAUUUCACCAUGUCCCCUGACAAUUCUACAACUGCUACUCCAACUGUGACUGUUUUGGAUUUGUACAAUACCACUGCCAUUUAUGAUAAUACUACUCAAGGAAUAUUUGGGAAUGCAACCACAGAGACUCUGUACAGAAACACCACUGCUCUAAUCUCACCAGACAGUGUCAAUGCAACAACUCUAGUUCAAAGCAAUGCAACGCUUUACACAACCACAGUAGAUUAUGUUAAUACAACAAUGCCGGUUCAAAACACAACUGUAACAUAUCUGAAUACAACAUCUCUAUUUGUGAAUACAACCUUGGCAACUGAAAAUGCAACAACAACUUAUGCAAAUUCCACAAUUGUAUAUGAAAAUUCUACCAAAUCAGAGAUUAAUUAUGUAACAACUUUAACUGAAAAUACAAUAAUGGAAUAUAUUAAUACUACAUCAGCUUAUAUCAAUAUAACAUAUCCAUUAAUGCCAAAUACAACUUUUGGUUAUGUUAAUACAUCUUCAAUUGAAAACACAACAUUGGAUUAUGUUAAUACAACAUCGAUAUAUGUGAGUUUACCUGAGAAUGCAACAACACAUGUUACUAGUACAGCCAGCACAUAUUUGGUCAAUGCAACAUCUCUGAUUGAAAACACAACAUUGUCUUAUGUAAACACAACUUCUCUAGGUGGAAAUACAACUUUAAUGGCAUUUGAUAAUACAACAGAUUACAACUUCACAGGAAGCCUGACUUCCAGCACCAUGACCAAUGUAACGUCAAGUUUUAUUGACAAUGUGACAUCAAGUUUUCAUGACAAUGUGACAGUAACCACUACACCACUGACUAAAAAUUUCACCUCAGGGUGGUUAAGUGACAAUCAAACAGUAGUUGCUACAGUUGAAAAUACUACAAGUUUAUCAACUGUGUCAACUGAAAACACUACAGUAUCCUUGCUUAUUAACACUACAUCAGUUGUAGUUAUGGAUAACACUACAUCAUCUAUGGAUAACACUACAUCGUCUUUGGAUAACACGACUGCAGUGCCUGAGAGCACAACACUAGUGGUUGCACAUACCACAUCAACUAAUUUCUCAGAGUCCUAUCAAACCUCGACUCCACAAUAUUCAACUGUUCCAUCAGAUAAUUCUACUCUGGCAAUUGCACCGCAGAAAGCAUUCCGCCUAAAAAUGCGAAUCACCACCAUGAACUGGACAGAGGACUAUAAGAAUGAUUCAUCUGAAAUGUCAGUCACUUUAAGAAAUCAAUUAAUAUCCAAGCUUGAUGAACUUUUCAAGAACUUUUAUUCUUAUGAUAAUUCAAAAAUUAUUGGAUUUAGUCAAGGGAGUGUUAUUGUAGAACUGACAACCACAUUCAGCAACACCAGUGUAACUCAACAACAGGUCCAAGAAAAACUCUUAGAGUCUCCACCUUUAAAUGCUUCUUUGGAAAUGAUUUCUGAGGAAGGUUCUGAAUCGACAACGGUAAGCUCCACAAGUGUACAGACUUUGACAAGUCCAUCACCAGUAAGUGUUGCAGCAACAGAAACUACAACAUCAGCAAAUGUCACCAUCACGACAAGAUCCGAGGGGAUGCUGGAAAACACAACCAUGAGAGAAUACCACAAUGUGACAGUUUAUCCCAAUGUGACAGAUUCUAGCACCACAGCUUAUCACUUUUCAGAUUUGACUACAGUUCAUCAUAAUGUCACAGAUUUAAACACAACUGUCUUUGAAAAUGUGACAGUGACCACUCCGACUACUUAUCAAAAUGUGUCAGGUGUUACUGUUGUUACUGUUGUAUUUAAUGAAAAUGUCACACAUAGCACUUCAGCUCAUCAAAAUGUCACAGAUUUCAAUACAACAUAUCAUCAAAAUGUUAGUGAAACAUCAACUUUAGGUUAUCAAAAUGUCACAGGUUUCACCACUACCAUUUAUCAAAAUGUCACAGGUUUCAAUACAACAUAUCAUCAAAAUGUUAGUGAAACAUCAACUUUAGGUUAUCAAAAUGUCACAGGUUUCACCACUACCAUUUAUCAAAAUGUCACAGGUUUCAAUACAACAUAUCAACAAAAUGUUAGUGAAACAUCAACUUCAGGCUAUCAAAAUGCCACUACUGUUUAUCAAAACUCAACUACAGAUUAUCAGAAUGUCACAUUUUUCACUACAUUAGUUUAUCCCAAUGUGACAGAUGUUAAUGCAACUAUGAGUUCCAAUGUCACAAUAGUCACUACUACUUACCUAAAUGUGACAGAUUUCAACACAACAGUUUCUCUAAAUGUGAGUGGUUUCACUACACCUUACAUAAAUGUGACAGAUUUCAACAGAUCUGUAAGUGACAAUGUCACCAUUACUUUUACAACAUCUUACCCAAAUGUGACAGAUUUCAACAAAACUGGGAGUGACAAUGUCACAGUAAGCAUUACAACCGCUUACCCGAAUGUCACACUUUAUACCACAUCUAACUACACUACUGAUGCUACUGAAAACUCAACACUUUAUACCAGUACCCCUGGAACUACACAAAGAAUGUUGAAACAGUUCAGAGUAAAAUUCAGGAUUACCAAGUUAAAUUGGACAGAAGAAUAUGUGAAUAAGUCCUCUGCAGCUUACACAAAUUUAAGUUCCCAAUUAACUGAUGCGCUCAGAGCUCUUCUUAGCAGAUUUACUUCAUUCAUUGAAACCAGAGUCUUAGCUUUCAGUUCAGGAAGUGUUGUAGCCGACCUUGAGCUCAGUUUCGCAGACAUGAACAUCACAGUGGAGGAACUCUUGCAGGCUCUCCGAAACUUUUCUUUCUACGACAUAGACCCAGACUCUUAUAAUAUCACUGAUUUAUCAAGUUCGAGUACUACAACAACUUUUCCCAGUUUCACAGAAGCAACUACAAAAUUGUUUCCUAAUGUCACUGACACAUCAACAGCUGAUUAUCGGAAUGUCACAGCUGUUAAUCAAAAUGUGACAGAUAUCUCCACACCACAUUAUGUGAACCUAACUGGCAUCACUACCCAAUCAUAUUACACUACACCUACUGCUGAUCAUAAUGUCACAGAUUUUAAUGCAUCCAUGUAUCAUAAUGUCACAGAGGUCACCACUAAAGCUUAUGAAAAUGUUACUCUUGCUACUUCCGUUUAUCAAAAUUUGACAGUAAAUGAUACUUUCACCAUUACCACGACUAUAGCUUACCCUAAUGUAACAGUACUGAAUGAAACAGUUAGUCAUAAUGUUACAUUAGCUAUUACAACAGCCUACCCAAAUCUGACUGAUUUCAACACAACUUCUCAUAAUGUGAGUGAUUUCACCACUUUAGCUUACCAAAAUCUGACUGAUUUCAAUACAACUUCUCAAACCGUGAGUGGUUUCACCACUAUAGCUUACCAAAAUCUGACAGAUUUCAACGCAACUUUUCAAAAUGUGAGUGGUUUCACCACUAUAGCUUACCAAAAUCUGACUGAUUUCAAUACAACUUCUCAAAACGUGAGUGGUUUCACCACUAUAGCUUACCAAAAUCUGACUGAUUUCAACACAACUUCUCAGAAUGUGAGUGGUUUCACCACUAUAGCUUACCAAAAUCUGACAGAUUUCAACACAACUUUUCAAAAUGUGAGUGGUUUCACCACUAUUGCUUACCAAAAUCUGACUGAUUUCAAUACAACUUCUCAAAACGUGAGUGGUUUCACCACUAUAGCUUACCAAAAUCUGACUGAUUUCAACACAACUGUGGCUGAUAAUGUCACCAUAGCCAUUACAACAGCUUACCCAAAUGUGACUUUCUUGACCACAUUUAACGUCACUGAAAACUCAACCCUAUACACCACUGUACUGCUCACCACACAAAGCAUGAUCAGAUUGUUCCGUGUCUCCUUCAAAAUUAUCAGUCUAGAUUGGAAAGAGGAUUUGAAGAAUGAGUCAACAGAUGUCUAUAAAGAUUUACAAACAAAGCUAUUAGAAAAGCUCCGAGAUGCCUUUUACAGAUUUCCUUCAUACAAAACAUCUCAAGUUUCUGGAUUUAGCCAGGGAAGUGUUGUGGUUGACCUUGACAUCAGUUUCUCAGACAUGAGCAUUUCACAAGAGGAAAUCUUAGAAGCGCUUAGAAAUAUCACUUUCUGGAAAAUAGAUCCACUGUCUGUCAAUGUGACUGAGGUUUCUAGUACGUCACCAGCUCCAAUGACUACAACUGCCAUGUCUACCGCCAAUCAAAGCACGGUGGUGACAACAGAAUCAACAUUGACAACCAAUACAGUUCAUUCUAUUGAUAAUGUGACAGAGCUGAAUAAUCUUACAACAGUGGUUGGUGUGGUCACCACCCUUUCAUCAACUGUGAAUGCGACGGAUGUGUUGAAUGUGACUAUGUCUACUGUUCCAUUUGUAACUGGUGCUUACACCAACACAACAGGUGGUUAUGAAUGGACAACCAAUGCAACAGGGACAAAUGUGACAGAUCUACACACCAUGACUACAGUGUCAGUAGUAAAUGCAACAGAGGGAUACAACCUGACCACAAUUCCACCUACUUAUUUGACAACCAAUGCCACAGAGGGAUACAACCUGACCACAAUUCCACCUACUUAUUUGACAACCAAUGCCACAGAGGGAUACAACCUGACCACAAUUCCAACCACUAAUUUCACAACCAAUGCCACAGAGGGAUACAACCUGACCACAAUUCCAACCACUAAUUUCACAACCAAUGCCAUAGAGGGAUACAACCUGACCACAAUUCCAACCACUAAUUUCACAACCAAUGCCACAGAGGGAUACAACCUGACCACAAUUCCAACCACUAAUUUCACAACCAAUGCCAUAGAGGGAUACAACCUGACCACAAUUCCAACCACUAAUUUCACAACCAAUGCCACAGAAGGAUACAACAUGACCACAAUUCCAACCACUAAUUUCACAACCAAUGCCACAGAGGGAUACAACCUGACCACAAUUCCAACCACUAAUUUCACAACCAAUGCCACAGAGGGAUACAACCUGACCACAAUUCCAACCACUAAUUUCACAACCAAUGCCACAGAAGGAUACAACCUGACCACAAUUCCAACCACUUAUUUGACAACCAAUGCCACAGAAGGAUACAACCUGACCACAUUUCCCACCACUAAUUUGACAACCAAUGCCACAGAGGGAUACAACCUGACCACAAUUCCCACCACAAUUGUGACAGAACUGAUAACAAAUGUAACCACACUGCAAACCACAAAUGUGACAGAAUUCAUCACCAAUGUCACAUAUUCAACUGUUAAUGUAACAGAAGGACACACCACACCAAGCACCUAUGUGACAAACACAACAGCACUGGAAGCUAACACAACAGAGUCAACCACAAAUGUCACCACACAACCAACAACUCAGAUCUCUAUAAUUCCACUCACACCUACAGUGGUCAUCCAGGGAAAAUUCACCAUAACCAAUGGUACUGCAUGGUCAGAUCAACUGAACAACAUGGAAAGCACUGAAGCCAAGACUUUGUCUGCUGAUAUAGAAAAACUGUUGACUGGAUUGUUGAGCAGACUUCCAGGUUUCAGGAAUGUUAGAGUUAAAUCUUUCAGUAAAGGCAGUGUGAUAGUAAAUGAUGAAGUGACUUUUGAGACAAAGGAUGUUACUGCAGACAAUGUCACUGACCUAUUGAAAAAUCACUUACUUAACAAUCAGUCCAUGUUGGGUGGAUACCUUAUUGAUGUAGAAAGUGUUCAGCAUGCAGAGGUUAAAGGCACACCAGUAGCAGGAGAUAAGUUCCCAGACUGGGCCAUAGCUGUGAUAGUGUGUGGUGGAUUCCUGAUUGUUUUUGUCCUUCUGAUGACUAUAGUAUUAUGUUGUAGACGCACACACAACAGAAAGUACACAUUUGAGGAAGAUUCUGAUGAUUUACAGUACAGGAGAAGCUGGCCCUCUCAGGAUAUGACCUACCCUAGCCAGUAUGACAACGCUGGUGCUGAACACUACAAGCAACCCUACCGAAUACACGAGGGUGGUAACAUUGUUAUGAGUGAAUCAAAGCAUAGAGGAAACGACCACGACCAUGUUUAUCAGAACACAUAUGCAGGGGACAUAAACUAUGGCUACCAGGAGCCUACCACCACUUUGUAAAGACUCUUGACUCAAAUAGUUGUGUAAGACAAACAAAUAUGUAUACCUUAGCUCUAGUCGACUAAUAGCUUGGUCAGAGAAAUGCUCUAGAAAGUGUUGUUGUUUUUUUCACAGCAUGUAGAUCCUUAGUUCUGUUUGUAAAUAUUAAACUUGUACUACUGGGGCACUAUAAUUGGAUAUGCUGAAGUGAAUAUACACAUAUACGUAAUGAUAGAAUUACACAAAGGGUUUCAUAUAUGCAGAAUAUUUAUUGAACAGAAUGCACUAUUUUACAUGUUUCUCAUGAACAGUAAAGGUUUAUAGUCAUUUCAGGACUCAGAAUCAACUUUUAAUCCUUUUCCAAAUUUUUAUCCACUUUAUGCCUUGGAAAUUAAAAUUGUUUAAAGUCUCAAAAAAUAAAAAUCUUUUUUUAUAUAUGUAUAAUAUUCUUUUUUUUCAUUUGCAACAAUUAAAGUUUAACAUUUUUUAAGAUAUUUAAGCACCAUAUGAUUGUAGUGAUAGAUUGUUCUG